AUGCCGUCGAUAGACAAAUUAAAGGCCUCUAUCGCCGAAUCGAUGGUCAAGCGCGAGAAUGCGUUCGCCGCAGCUUCCACCCUGCUCAAUUCAGUUAAGGGUUUGACCACUGAGGUCCAGGUAGCUAACAUGUGCCUGACUGAAUUGACCAGGGUGGAAAAAUCAUUCAGGGAAGCUGAUGACUUGAUAGUUAGAUUCAACUCUCAGUUGGAGGAGUCUGAGCGUGACGAAUCACAUUCCAAAUUCGCAGCAUUCUUCGAAACUUGCCUGCAUAUUCGUGCCGCCCAAAGCCGCAUAACUGCAUCUUCAUCUGUUGCCAGUGUUGCCGCGCCUUCCUCAUCGUCGGUUGAGCUUCCGAUUCCUCGGGUUGAGUUGCCCUGCUUUUCCGGUAAAAUCGAGGAAUGGCCCGGAUUUAUUGCUCUCUUCGACGCCCUAGUGCACCAAAGUACCUCUCUGGCGCCCGUUCAGAAAUUUCAUCUGCUAUCGUCGGCUCUUUCCGGUGAGGCCGCAUCAGUGAUCUCCGGAUUCGAGAUGAAUUCGGCCAACUAUCUUCUGGCUUAUCAGGCCCUUCACUCCCGCUACCAGAAUCCCCGGCGUCUGGCAGAUCUUUACGUGAACCAGAUUUUAGAGUCCCGGCCAGCAUCUGUGUCUUCUUUGCCACAGUUGAAGUGGUUCAUCACCACCCAUCAGAACGCCAUAAAUGCCAUCAAGGCGCUGCCAAUAUCAGAUCUGGCAGACUAUCUUUUGGUGUCUAUGUCAUUGCGUAACCUCGAUGAACCAUCUCGCCAGUUAUUCGAAGGGCAGUCUGAUGAUUUUCCCAGUCUCGUUCAACUGAUCGACUUCAUCAAUCGACAGUUGCGAGUGUUGGAAAGUUCUACUCUCACCUCGUCCCGAUCGUCUGCGCCCAGGAGAUCGUCAAGACCUCAAUCACCAGCGGCCUCAACGUCUGUUCCUCUAUAG